AUGGAAGUCGUGUCAGUGGAUAAGCAUCAGAACGAUCGUUGGCGUGAAUUGAGACAUCUUACAGAUGUUAAAUCAGCUUUUGCUCAUCCUGCUUUUGAACCUGGACCGCAAAAUAUGACGGCAGUACAAAACUGUCGUGUAUUGGUUGUUGGAGCUGGUGGUUUAGGAUGCGAAUUACUGAAGGAUUUAGCACUGUCAGGCUUUCGAAGAAUCGAAGUUAUUGACAUGGAUACAAUCGAAUUGUCCAAUUUAAAUAGACAGUUCCUUUUUAGAGAAACAGAUAUUGAUAAAUCCAAAGCCGAAGUAGCGGCAGCAUUUGUUCAAAAGCGAAUUCCAGACUGUCCUGUCAUCGCGCAUAAUUGCAAAAUAGAAGAUAUGGAUGAUCAGUUCUAUCGAUCGUUUGACGUUAUUAUCUGUGGCUUGGAUUCUGUCACUGCAAGAAGAUGGCUCAGUGCUAAAUUAGUGAGCUUGGUCGAAUUUGAUUCUGAUGGAAAUCCAUUUGGAAUUAUACCAUUAAUUGAUGGUGGAACAGAAGGAUUCAAGGGCAGUGCUCGAGUAAUAUUACCAUGGAUAACUGCGUGUGUCGAAUGUGCGAUUGAUCUCUAUCCUCCACAAACCAGUUUCCCAUUGUGCACAAUAGCAAAUACUCCACGGCUUCCGGAGCAUUGUAUCGAAUAUGUGAGAGUAUUACAGUGGCCACAAAAUAAACCAUUCAAUGGUGAAACAUUAGAUGUUGAUAACAUGAAACAUGUGGAUUGGGUAUAUAAAGCUGCUUUGGAAAGAGCUAACAAAUAUAAAAUCGAGGGCGUCGAUCUAAGACUCACGAAAGGUGUCUUAAAGCGAAUAAUCCCCGCCGUUGCUUCCACCAAUGCUGUAAUUGCUGCAUCUUGCGCAUUGGAGGCUUUGAAAUUAGCUUCGAAUAUUGCUUGUCCUAUGCAAAACUACAUGAAUUUUACAAAUAUUGAUGGCAUUUAUUUAGGAGUUGUGGAAUUGGAAAGAGCGAGAAGUUGUUCAGUUUGUGGAGAACAAGCACGGUAUAUAGAUGUUUCGGUGCAGAAAACAUUGCGCUCUUUACUGAAUGAAAUCACGGAGAAAUUUCAGCUCUGUAAUCCUUCGGUGCAAACAGCAAAAGAAAAGUUAUAUAUGAAGAGCGAUUUAAUACCUGCAAUGAAUGAAAUCAGUGCUGCCAACUUGUCAAAAACUUUGAAAGGCAAUAGACUUAACGAAAAAUUUCAAGAUCUUGGUCUAGAAAAUGGUGACGAACUCCUGAUUGCUGAUGAAACAAGAGUGCAACCAAUUUCUCUGCGUAUCCGAUACCGAGAGAACUGA